UCCCUGUCCCCAUUCCCAGCCCCAUCCCCGUCCCCUCCCCGUCCCCGCCGGGGCUCCAGGCUCAGCGGGCGGCCUCUCGCCGUCUCCGCCGCUCGCCACCAUCGCUCCCAAGGGCGACGAGGACCUGCUGGCGCUGGCCGCGUCGCGGCUGAGCCGCAGGAAGCGGGUGGCCGGCGUGGCCAUCGGCGUGGCCAUGCUGCUGGUGCUGCUGGUGGCCAUCCCGCUGCUCGUGCACGGCUCCAAGGCGGCCGCGCACUACGAGAUGCUGGGCAGCUGCCGCAUGGUCUGCGACCCCUACCCCGAGCUGCCCCCCGCCUCCCCGCCGCCCUUCCUGCCCGGGGCCAAGGGCGAGCCGGGCCGCAAGGGCCGCGCCGGCCUCCGCGGGCCACCGGGGCCACCGGGCCCGCGGGGACCUCCGGGAGAACCGGGCCGGCCGGGCCCGCCGGGGCCUCCGGGGCCGGGGCCGGGCGGGUACAUCCCGUCCUUCUACAGCCCCAAAAUCGCUUUUUACGCCGGCCUGAGGAAGCCGCACGAGGGCUACGAGGUGCUGCGCUUCGACGACGUGGUGACCAACGUGGGCAACUACUACGAGCCCUCGAGCGGCAAGUUCACCUGCCCCCUGCCCGGCAUCUACUUCUUCACCUACCACGUCCUGAUGCGCGGCGGGGACGGCACCAGCAUGUGGGCCGACCUGAUGAAGAACGGGCAGGUGCGUGCCAGCGCCAUCGCGCAGGACGCGGACCAGAACUACGACUACGCGAGCAACAGCGUCAUCCUGCACCUGGACGUGGGCGACGAGGUGUUCGUCAAGCUGGACGGGGGCAAAGUGCACGGCGGCAACACCAACAAGUACAGCACCUUCUCCGGCUUCAUCAUCUACCCCGACUGACCCCCGGGACCCCCGGGACCCCCGGGGCACCCCGGGAACCGGGACAUCCCCGGGACCCCCCCGGAACCGGGAC